UGGUCGGGUCGGGCGCUGUCGCGAUGGACGAGGACGUGCUGACUACCCUGAAGAUUCUCAUCAUCGGCGAGAGCGGCGUCGGCAAGUCCAGCCUUCUGCUGCGGUUCACGGAUGAUACGUUUGACCCAGAACUUGCAGCAACAAUUGGUGUGGACUUCAAGGUGAAAACUAUUUCAGUUGAUGGAAACAAAGCUAAACUGGCAAUAUGGGAUACUGCAGGUCAGGAGCGGUUCAGAACAUUAACACCCAGUUACUAUAGAGGUGCACAAGGUGUUAUCCUAGUUUAUGAUGUCACAAGAAGAGAUACUUUUAUCAAGCUGGAUAACUGGUUAAAUGAACUGGAAACAUAUUGCACGAGGAAUGACAUAGUGAAAAUGCUUGUUGGAAACAAGAUUGAUAAGGAAAACCGUGAGGUUGACAGAAAUGAAGGUCUCAAAUUUGCAAGAAAACAUUCCAUGUUGUUCAUAGAGGCAAGUGCAAAAACAUGUGAUGGUGUACAGUGUGCCUUUGAAGAACUUGUUGAGAAAAUCAUUCAGACUCCUGGACUGUGGGAGAGUGAGAGCCAAAACAGAGGUGUAAAGUUAUCAAACAAGGACGAAGGAUAUGGAGGAGGAGGAGCAUGUGGUGGAUAUUGUUCUAUGUUAUAAACUUUGGGAAGCUUAUUCUUUGCAUAUUUAAACAGAUAGUGACAUCUUUCUGUACAUAAAUUAAUUAAAUGCUAUUUUUAGGGACCUUGCAGUUUGCACAUACUUGUUUUGUAUCAUGGCAGUGAACACUUGUAGGAAAAAUGUUUUGCAGCUUUCCCAGUAUGAAAAUGUUAUGGCACGCAUGCCCAAUUUGCAGUCUUCAGGUUUUUAUAAGUAGCAUAAAUAAUGUGCAAGAACAAAUGCACUACAAAUUUUAUGACUGCAUACCUUCAUUAUGUAACUAUCCUAAACCGAUCCAUCGAACAGAAAUGUGUCACUGCAGUGUCUGCUCUCUGUCUUAUUUUAAAUACACUUGAAAUUAUAGAACUAUAUAGUGUGCACAGAUCUUGAAAACAAUGUGAGCUAUAGAUGUUCUGUUUCAUCUCUUCUAGUAAAUGCUUUUUAUGGUAUUAAAACCAGCAAGAUUAUACAGUUCUUAGACAAAUCUGCUAAACUUCUGUCUUUCAGCAGAGCUGUCUAAAAUACAAAUUGGUACAGGCCAUAGUUGGUAUCAGCACUCUGAAAGCUUCCUUUGCAAAGCGGGGGGAUGCCCUUUUUUCUUUUUAAUCAUCACUUCAGUUGAUGGCUUAACUGGAGUUUUAAUCCUGUGAUAUUUAUAUGCUGAAUUUGUGGUAUUCUUGCACUCUUUUAAGUUUUUAAGAUUAGGUCUACUCUAGACUUGCUGUAGGAAGUCUUCAUUUUUGGCAAGGAUCUGAAUGACAUCUUUGUUCUUUCGUUGUGAAUCAAUUUGCCACACUUCAGUACAAACGCCUAAUUUUCCGAAAUGUUUGUAAUAUAACUUUAUCUCAAACUGUAGCUGUGAAGACCUUUAAUGUCUGCUUUAUGCGGCUAUUUGUUCAGAAAUAAAACUUCCUGUCACAGACACUAAAUGGGAACCUAGAAGGCUUCUUGAUAUCUGUAUGGAAAAAUACUAUUGCAAUGAGUAUUCACUUGAAUUUACUGUAUCAAAGCCAAUGGUUUGUUUCAGAAGACUUGUAUAGACUAAUAAAUUUUUUUUUCCACAGUAUUCAACUUUUCUAACCGCUUCCUACUGUAGAGUUGUAUAUUUUCUAGCACAUACGAUUUAAACAAGGUCACUUCUUACAGACAUAUUAUAUCUGGUUUCUGAAGGACAAGACAAGGAUGCUGUGUUGUAGUUUGGGUUAUUUUUUAAAUCACUGUAGUGCAAUCGGUAACUAAACUAUUGGGCAGUUUCUUGUAAAUAUAGUGAUUGACAAUACUUUUUAUUACUGCAAGGUUUUGUGAAAAUGUCAGCAUUCAUGAUCUGUAUUUUGUGGCAGGUCUUGGCUGCUUCUGUUAAAAUACACUUUACUCUUCACAAGGAAACUUUGUUUUCUAUUCUGUUUUAAACUUGCUAGAAAACAAUAUCAAAAUUGGAAGACUUAACCAUGCUAGUUGUUUUUACCAAAUAUUGUAUCUAUAGUAUUGUUAAUGUAGUAGGAUAAUUUAAAUAUGUAAAUGUAAUUAAAUAUACAUACAUAUUGUAUUAAAAUGUUAGAUUUGUAUUAUUAUUUCAUGCAGAAUGUGGACUGACAAAAUUUUGUUUCUUAGGGUUGAGGUCAAAGGAUUUCUGGGUUUUAUAUGCUAGCAGUAGAAGAAACUUGUAGGAACGUUAAUAUUCUGAAUAACUUAAUUAUUGUAGUACUAUUUCAGUAAUAUCGGGCAAGUAUCAUAAUGCUGGCAGAUGUCUGUAAUUUAUUUCCAUACCUGUUUCCCCCUAGUCUGGCUGUGUCCCUUUGUUGAGAAGAGGCUCAAUUUUCAGUUUCUCACAAGAUCCUUUUAUCACAGGACCUGGAUUCAUCUUUCUUUCUGCCUUUGCCAGGUCUGGCAGCUCUUGUCAAAGGAAGGAACUGCAGGGUACUCUGAAUAGUGGGUAUUGUUCUGCAAAAUAAUUAAGUCAUAUGAUCUGUCUUCCCCUGCAAAAUUUUUGUGGGGACAGAGGAUUAUUC